AUGGCUUCGGGUUGUGACAGCGCUAUGAACGAAGAGCCUUUCAAGUUGUCCCCUGUGAUGACUGAGACGGAAUCCAAGGAGAAGUUGGAAACAAGCAAGCAGGGCACUCCUCAUGAUGCUCCAGAAGAGGUUGAGAGAGAGCCGGCAAAGGAGGCCCCUGCGGCUGAGGAGCCGGGAGCAAAACAGGGCAGCGAAACCAAGGCCUCAAACGAAGACAACCCUUCUUCCCAAAGCAAGGAAAAUGGAGACGCGCCAAAGACUGAAGAAGGUGGAACGAUCAAGUCAGGGUUGUUGCCACUCUUAACAAGCUUCUGCACAGAUGAAACCAUGGCGGACGAGCGAAGUGAAGCCUCGGCAGCCUUGUCGACCCCUCGCCUCGGUGUGCGGCAGUUGUCUGAGAGCUCUGAGGGGAACCUUUCGCCCGCCACGCGCAAACUUGUUGAUAGUUUAGCGCAAGGCUCGGUUGAAAACAUGGAAGCAUUAGAUGCAGAGAUUGCCAGGAACGAAACAGUCGAGGAGAAAGAAGCCCCUCCCACAUCGCAAGGGGAAACAGGAAACAGCGAGGAGGUCAACGGGAACAUUCUGAAGAAUGUUGCUCAACAACUUCAGCAAUCUAUCGCAAGCUUCCCGGGCUCAGGCGGAGGUGGUGGUCCUGUUCACAUCUUCUACCCCAACGGACAGUUUCUGCAAGUAGGGCAAAACCUUCAAGUGUUGAACAGCAGCAGUUCCAGCCAAGCACAGCAGAAGAAGGCAAAUCAAGGAAACGGAGAUUCCAAAUCGCAUGCGGGAGAAACAUCUACGAUCGAACCUGUGUCCAGCAGUGAUCCUAAGAAGUCUUCUACCGAACCGGCAUCGAGAGAUCAUGAGUGCAAAGAUGCAACGGCCAUUUCAUCAGCUAACGGCAGCAGCGUUGCCGAUGGAAGAAAUCUUCACGCUCAGGUUGGGGGACAAGCGGUCCAACCCGUACUAAUCCAGCAGCCGGGAGGAUCAUUCGUAGUCUACGGCCAGGCAACCCAGUUCAUGGUUGGUCAAGGAGCUCAGGCUGCUGCUCAGAAGCCUGCGGGCUCCCGACAUCACUCGGCGGAACAGUCCAAGGCAGAUGCGCAAGGAAACAUGUCGAAGAAUGUGAACGUGUCCAAUCGUCCAAGACGGCAGACGAGAGGACGAGGGCGAGGAGGAAGAGGAGGGAGAGGAGGCCGUGGGCAAAUGCCACAGACCAGAGUUUUCGACCAGGAAGGGAACGAGAUCUCCAAGUUCAGCUCUCCAAACUACGAUGACCCGGACCUCCGCUUCGGAGCGUUUCUGCUCAACAAUGUGUCCAACCGAGCACUAGUGGGCCAGCAGGAGGAGAAUGACGGGGACGAUUUCGAUCAGAGCCAAGAGUACGAUCAAAUGGAAGACUCGUCGGCCCUCGCUCUCCUCUGCAAGACCCUCUACAAGGCACGAUGCGGGGAGCUGACCCAUCCCACCAAGUACGUCGGGGUAUGGAAGCUUCCUUCGGGCAAGUACAAGUCUUGCAUCUGGAACUUUCGCAAGAACGGCAGCGGUAAGUGCCGGUACCGACUAGGGAUCUUUGAGAAUGCAGUCGACGCCGCCAUGGCUUACGAUCGCGCGGCAAUCUAUCUGAAGGGAAGUCGAGCAGUGACGAACUUCCCGCACGACGAGGAGAGGGAUGAAGCGGAUAUCCGACAUAUGCUCGAGUCAGAGGCCAUCACAGACUCCGACAUCAUGUCGGGAUCGGAAAGUGAUCUGUCGGAGGACAACGAGGUUGUCUGGGACGGCCAGCAGGCGAUCAAGAGGAGAAAGCGACAGCUGAAUGAGGCAGAGGACUCGAGCGAAGCCAACAAGAUACGCAAGGCGAUGUACCUCGGGGUGUGGAGGAAGGACGACGGUCCAUGGCGAGCGACUCUGAGGAAGGGAGAGAACGGUCAGAAGAGGACACAGCACCUAGGGUUCUUCAAGUCGGCGAAGGCUGCUGCCCUGGCAUACGAUCGAGCUGUGGUUGCCAUCAAUCGAGAGCGAGCCAAGACGAACUUCCCUAUCACUGAGGAGCUGCUGGCUGCUUCUCGCACCAAGAUGGUGGAGCCAGAGCACACUGCUCACACUCUAGCGCAGGCCUGGUCGGGCAGCCAGGAGGCAACGCACGUGGAGCUGCAGAUGCUGCAUGGGAAGUACCUCGGGGUUGAGAGGACGACGAAGGGAGAUUGGGAAGCUUGCAUCUACGUGGGAGAGAACCUUGGAGGAACGGCGCGGCCCAGGAAGCUCGUGGCCGGGGUGUUCAACCAUGCAGUACAGGCUGCAAGAGCUUACGACAAAAUCGCGCUAGCCAUCUUCGGCCGAGACUGCGUUACCAACUUCCCUUACUUCAGUCCAACCAGGAGGGAAAAUGUCCAGGACGGCGAUAUGGUUGUGGAUGGAGCCGAAAAUCGUCCUGAUUCUCAAGCACUGGAUGGGGAGAAGGUAGAGGAUCAGGGGGAGGAGGAAGGCAUGUCGAAACCAGCUGUGAGCGAUUGUGUUAUGAAGGAGGAGGAGGAGGAGGAGGAGGAGGAGGCCCGGGAGGAGGAGGAGGAGCCGAAGACAUCGCGGAGUGGUAGAUCUGGCUCUGGAUCUCCUUCAAACAAGAAGAUGGAUGUAGAGGAGGAGAAAGCAAACAAGUAG